GUGUCUUACAAACAGAAAAAAGAAUGCUCGAAACAUUGAAGCUACUUAUACUUUUGUGCAGUGCUGUGUCAAUUUCAGAAUGUGUUGGAAAUAGAAAUAAUACAUACAGAAUUGUCGGUGGCCAUGUAGUAGACAUUGAAAUGCAUCCGUACCAAGUGUCUGUACGUGAAUUAAACGAGCACAUUUGUGGUGGAUCGAUAAUUACCAAUCGAUGGGUAUUAACAGCAGGUCAUUGCGUAGAUGAUACCAUAGCUGCUUACAUGAACGUGCGUGUUGGAUCUGCGUUUUACGCAAAAGGAGGAACGAUACAUCCUGUGGACUCAGUGAUCACACAUCCAGACCAUGUUCCGUAUAGCUGGUUAGCGGACUUUGCUUUACUGCAAUUGAAACAAGCGAUAGUAUUUUCUACAAUCGCACAACCGAUCGCUUUAGCCUUUCACCUGGAUAAUGCUUUGAGCAAUCGAGAAUGUGUUGUCACCGGCUGGGGACGCACUCUAAACGAAGAAGAAAGCUUUGACAAGCUACGGGUGGUCCAGAUCCCGUUGGUUUCGCGAGUACUGUGUAAUGCUACAUACGAAGGAAAGAUCGAUCAAACUAUGAUAUGUGCGGGUGACUUUGUUGAUGGCGGCAAAGGCAGUUGUGCGUAUGAUUCUGGUGGCCCACUGGUCUGUGGCGAUAUGCAAGUUGGAAUCGUGUCCUGGGGUAAAGGGUGUGCGAUGCCCGGAUAUCCGGAUGUAUAUAGUAGUGUUUUAUACGCCAGAGCGUGGAUCAACAGCAUAGUACACAAUUUCAUUGAAUGAAUCAACCUGUUUUUAGUUUCUUAUUUUAUUACUGUUUCAUUAGCUUUUGUUUGGAGGCAAUUUAUGUUUUGUUGUAUGUACAGUUUGGCUCAUCGCAGAAUAAAAACAUUUUCAUCCACGUAUAGAGCAAAGUGUGGCUCAAUUUUUUGAUGGAUUGGUGGAUGGUGGAUUUGAUGUGUUUUACAUUUAUUAUCUGUAACGUUAAAACAAAACAGUCGUAAAAAUGGCUUAAAAUGUAGUUUUAACUUGACACAAAUUUAUACGUCAAUUUGGAAACAUAAAAGGCUUAUUGUAAGCAUGAGUAAAUUCAUCCUCUUUCUGAAAAAAAAACAACAACCCAAAUAUCGUCUAAAAUUAGCCUUGAUUAUCCACUAAAUUAAGAACCCUAGUUAGCAUAUAAUACUGCCAAUGGUACAAGUGACAGCAGAGAUGACAUGCAAAUUUGGUCGCGCGAUGCCCGUCAUGACAGGAAAGCGAAAAGUCCUUAAACGGCUAAUAGCAAACGAGGAUAAACGCUACCAAAAUAGCUUCGGUACAUAAGACCGGAAGCUGCGUUCUAUUCGAUUGCAUUCCGAAGGGUAGUUGUCAGUGUUGUCUGGUCGGUUGGUUUUUCGAAUCAUGCAACCAAACUCGGCCCUUCCGGUCGUUUGCGUUUAAUGUUUCAACCGUCAUGUUCUGUCGCGUAUUGUGUUGUUGCGUGUUCGACAACAUCAUUCGGUUCAGUUUCGUGUUUUGUCAUGUCAAGCGAUUGGAAACACGUAUUAGUAGUGUCGUGGACUAGUUCGCUACCAAAACUGAAAUACGAUAUCAAUACUAUCAAUAUCGGGGAAUAAUAGAACAAACAAACAUGUCUA